AUUAAAAACAGCGCACUUUUACAGAACCUUUUCUCACUGAAGAUUUAGAGCAUUCGACCCCAAUUUCAUGGUCAGCAGGAGGUGAUGAAAAUCUUCAUUUUAUUGAUCAUGCUAUACGCGAUGACGUUACCGACGAAUUGUUUGAAUAAGGACCUCUUUACGUUGUACGUUGCGGAUAACUCAAUGUUCACAAAGGACCACGACGGAUCACCAGCAAAUCUGCUCCACGAAAUUGAAGAAGAGAAUCCAUUCGAUUUCUACGCAGAACCUUCUACAACCAGUUCAAUACCGUUUUCAGCUGUUGUGCCAUCACCUACCACAAAUGAACCAACCACAAAUCUACCAAAUACAACGCAAAAUGCCCAAAACAUUGCCGACAAGCAGCUUGUACUUGAGUCCCUUCUGCUGCCCGCAGCCGCAUUUUCUGGAUCCCAGAAAUCGCCGCAACGAAAUUUCGUUGCUCACAUCAUUAUUUUUUUCGUGGUCAUGAUAAUCCUGUUCGUGUUCCUGAGCAACAUCAAUAGCAGCUAUGUCCGGCGAGCAACUACAGAAAAGUUGCGGAAUAUUGAUAUGGUGGUAGGAAAUGGGUUGGAUUCCAUCGCAGUCAUUGACAUUCCGACGACUCAAAUCGACACUUCAAAAGUGAUCUUCUUUCCGAGAUAUGCCUAUGGAAAACAGUUGAGUAUUGUGCGGGAAGGCUCUCAGGAGAUUGAUGUAUAAUUAUAAUUUUUAGUACUUCGAUUUUCUAACCGAUUUGCUCAGUUGCGCCGCUUUAUUGAUUUGAAAGUUUCAUAAAAUACUAAUAAUGGUUUAUUGUAUUUG